AUGAAGUUUCCGUCUUCCGUGCGUUUGCUGGCGGUACGGCAAUCCCAGACCUUGGGUCACACGCCGUGCGCCACUGUGGCUGCGGGCCGGCGAAUCCUGGUGCCUGCCCCAGCCGCUACCGGAUUCACUUCUUUUCCAAGGUCGCACAUCGGCCCUGAGGUUUGCAGACGCCCGUCAGCAGCGACACUGGGCGCUGCGCCGUCAGUUCUCGGACAUGGAUCAGCCAAGCAUAGCCAACAGAGGCAAUACGCCACUCUUGGGUCGGGUUGGUCGUUCAACAAGGUGCAGUACACCAAGUACCGCAUAACCAAACCAUGGACAACAGACACAACUUUCGACGACCUAAUUCUCUCGCAACCAUCAAAGGAAGAUUUUGCCAAGUUUACAAAGGAAGCUCCUCUCUUCCUCAGAUUCCUGAAACUUGUUACUGAUGUCGAGGGGCGUCAAGAAGCAUUCAUCCAGUUUGCAAGGAGGUGCGAGAAUGGCUUAACCGUGGAGAAGGAUGUCUACGUCACGAAGAAAGAACUGAUCGACUGCCUCUGGAAAAAUGGCUACACAGAUACGGAGAUAAAUGCUUUCGAAAUUGCCUUUCCUGGGGACUACAAGUUCCAUUACCCAGAGUUGGCUGUUCUUUUCGAUUUGACGGAGGAGGACUGCUACAAAUAUUGCAUACGCCAACGCGCAGCGACGCCCGAGGAGUUGGUGGAGCUCAAGUACACGAAGCCAAAAAACCUGGUGUCCUCAUAUGGACUUUGCUUCCUGGGAGUCUGGUUUGGUUUGUCUAACACCGUCCUGAGCAACGCUUGGUUCUACUCCAAAACAUUUCCCUUCGGCGCUGUAUUCUACAUGCUGGGAUCUUACUUCUAUCGGGACAUUCGUGAGAAGCUGUGGAAGGAGGAGAAGUCCCUUAUCCACACUGCGCAAGAGAACAAGCAUAUGGGUGAAGAGUCUGUGUACAAGCAGAUGAAGAAAUACGCCACUGACACGAAGUGUCUCGACUACCUCUCGUCGUUCCGGACCGAGGUCGAGGACCAAAUAGCAAACUACAAGGUAGCGCUUGUUUCUCAAAUGAGACGCCAACUGACGGAGCGGCUCGUGGAGAAACUAAAUGGUAUCCAGCAGGCGGAGAAGCUUAUCCAGGGGUCCCUUCAGGACGUGAUGAUUCGCGAGAUUGUUUCGUCGUUUAAGGAUUUAUAUAAGAGCCGACCUCAGCUUCACGAUGACGCAAUGCAAAGUGCCAUUCAAGGAUUGUCAGGAUCCGACAGCGCGAUGGACCCUGUUGGAGCUCACUUCAAGGCAUCGUUGCAGGAGUUGGCGAAAGUGAACCUGGCCACUGCGGCUGCUGAUCCGAUGGGAACAGUCGUGCAAAGAGUUGCUGCUGUCUUCCAGAAACGGGAGAAGGAAUUCUUAGACACGUUCACAGUCAAGCCUACCGAGGCACAGGAGAUAAAGAAAAUCGUUGAGAAGUGCCACAAGGGUAACACAUUUGACUUCCAUGCUUUGCCCAACGAGGAACUGCGCAGGCUCGAACAGCUGUAUUCAACAGUCAAUAACCGAGUCGGUUUCGAGACGAUUCACGAAGAUUCGAUCAAGCCCGUCGCCGCGUUAAGUGAAAAUUCUAAAGGCUUCGUUGAUUUCGUCAAUACGCAGCGAACCUGUGCCAUCAGAAAACAGUGGGCACUGGCGAUGAUAUCCGACAUUGGCGCCGCGGGCUUCCACAUCAAGAACGAGGAAUGGUUUUUUUGCUAA